UGAGCGUUGAAAAGAAUUACCAAAAGGCAUUUUAGUAAAACAAUAGCCAUGAAAACGUUGUAUUUCAUAUUUGGACUUUACUUCCUUAUGGACGUGGCUAAAUGUGAAAAUAGCAAGUUACGGAUUUUCUUUGAUGAGUUUGCGAUCAAGUAUAAGGUGCCAGACGUUUUCGAAAAGAUGGAUUGUAAUUUGUAUCAAGCGAAUAAUCGAAGCUACGUCAACGUCGAGAUGAAACUGAAAAGGGAAGUUGCAGAUUUGAAUGUUCGCACUGUAAUGGAGUUUUGGAAACCAAAUGCCAAAACUAAAAUGAAGUUGUACGAUGUUCGACUGGAUGGAUGUCUUAUACUCAGAACUAUACACAAAAAUAAACUGUUCCACUUCUAUGUGAAGAGUUUUAAGAAACAUUCCAAUGUUAUUUUGUCGUGUCCCUUUAAAGCGAACUUGACCUACAAAAUGGAUGAUUGGUUCUUGGACGAAGAGGAGUUGCCACCUUUUGCUCCUGUUGGCCAAUUCCGCACGGUCACCGAAUAUUUUAACCAACAACGAUUGAUAAUACGUGUUGUAGCACAUGGUGCAAUAUUGCCAAGAUCAUAA